AUGAAAUUGAAAUUGAAUCUCAUUUUAACAUACCUUGCAGGUGGAUAUCCAAACUCUGGUCAACAUCCAAAUCCUGGAGCCCCAAUUACUUCACCAUCUAAAAAGCGUCCAGCAAUCUCCAUUUCUUUCAUCGCAGCUACUGCGAAACGAGUCCGAUUUCUGCACUACGCAGAAUCAGAUGGGAUACCAACCAGCAUACGCAGUGCCGACCUCUCAGGACAACAUCGGAUACUACACGCCAGUUGGCGAGAAUGGACCUUAUCAGCAUCGGGAAUGGCUGCGCUCGUCACGACAGCGCAGCCAGCUGUCAUGGAGAAGAUAAUCACGCUUACGAAGCCUACGAUGGGGGAGUGGAUUGGCUCACAUCCCUCCUCCAUCUUUCGACAACGUCAGAGCAAAGCCGCUUCGGCGACGCUUCUCAAUGCUUUUAUUCGUGAAGCUGGUAUUGUUGGCACUUGUAACAGUACACCUAUGCAUUUGACUAUGGAUGGCACCUUAUUAUUUCUCUUCAGAGAAAACUUCCGGUUCGAUGUCGGAGGACAACGUUCGAAAAGAAAGAAGUGGAUCCAUUGCUUCGAAAAUGUUACCACAAUCCUAUUCGUGGUCGUCAUCUCUGAGUACAACCAAUCUACACUGGCAAUGCGAUCGAAGUUCCACAAGGGUAGCAAGGCUCAAGCCAGGAAACAACAACUCAACCAAUCGACUCUCCAAGCUGUCCUCGGUUCCAAAGACUAUCAGUCAAUCCCAUGGGACUUUUGCUCAUUACAACAAUUAUCUGCUAUGACAAAGACUCAUUCAAGUUCCUAG